AUGGUCGUGCAUACCAGUCCGCUGCCAGAUCUCGACAUUCCCAGGGUCAAUCUCCUGAGCUAUCUGUAUCCCUCGGACGAGCAGCCUUCGGACGAGCCAGUAUGGAUCGAUGCGGCCGAGCCCAAGAAGGCACUGAGCCCACGACAAAUGCUCACAUGGGUAAAACGAAUCAUGAUUGGCCUGGACAGGCUGGGUCUUAAGAGGGGGGACGUCUGCCUCAUACACACGCCGAAUAACGUCUUUGUGCCUGCAGCAUAUCUGGGAAUUGUGGGAGGUGCCAGGUGCUUCAGCGCGAUCAAUCCAAUAUACACGGUUGAAGAGAUUGUCUAUCAGAUGAAGCUCACUGGUGCAAAGUGCAUUCUAGCUCACCCAUCAGUGGUUGAGCGCGACCUUGAAGCAGCUAAGAAAGCCGGCACGAAUCCCAAGAUCUUCCAAUUCUCAGACGAUGAAGCACCUUUGAAAGAAAUCAAAGCUGCCAAAGAUUGGCGGCAUAUGCUCGGCUCUGAGCAGGAGGCACAGUCGUAUCACUGGCCGGAACUUUCACCCGACGAGUCUGUGAACACAAUCGCUACGAUCAAUUUCUCUUCGGGCACUACGGGCCUGCCUAAAGGUGUCAUGAUUGGCCACCACGCUCUCAUCGCGAAUGUCGAGCAGACAGCAGCAGUUCGAUGGCCGCAUCUGGAUAUGAAGAAGGGAGAGAAGGUCAAGGGCGAAAGGUGGCUUGGCUUCCUCCCAUUGUAUCAUGCAUACGGUCAACUCUACGCGUGCGUGAUGGCUGUGAAGUUCCACGUCCCGAUCAGAAUAAUGCGGCAGUUUGUGUACGAAGAUUUCUGUAGCGCGAUCCAGAGGUACAAGAUCUCGCAUCUUCAAGUAGCACCACCUAUUCUGGUCAUGAUGGCGAAACGACCGGAGACCAAGAACUACGAUUUGAGCUCAAUACAGGGCAUCCUAUGUGGUGGGGCACCACUAGGGAAAGAGCUUCAAAAUGACAUCGCACGAAGGUUCAAUUGUGAAGUGAAGCAAGGAUGGGGAAUGACUGAAGUGACUUGUGGCUCAAUCUUGCAAUUCGAAUCAAGAGACGAUGGCACCGUCGGCAAGCUCAUUCCAAACAACAAGCUGAAGCUAGUGGACGACAAUGAUCAAGAGGUCGGUUUUGAUACUCCGGGUGAGAUGCUGAUAAAAGCGCCAAAUGUCAUGCUAGGCUACUGGCGGAAUGAGAAAGCUACCAGUGAAGCGCUCAGUCCAGAGGGCUGGCUCAGAACUGGUGAUAUUGCGGUAAUCAACAGAGAAGGCUACAUAUGGAUUGUCGAUCGGAAGAAGGAGUUGAUCAAAGUCAACGCUCUGCAAGUAGCGCCCGCAGAGUUGGAAGACAAGUUACUGGAGAAUCCCGAUCUUGCGGAUGCCGCGGUUGUUGGAAUUGCAAUCAACGACGAGGAGUGGCCGAGGGCAUAUGUCGUGCUUUCUGAAGACGGAAAGAAGAAGGGCGUGAAAGAGAAGGACGUACAGAAUUGGUUCAAACCCCGGGUGGCGAAGCACAAGGCGUUGGUUGGCGGAGUCCAAUUCGUUGAUGAAAUCCCCAAACUCCCGAGCGGCAAGAUCGUGCGCAAAUUAAUGAAAGAGUGGGCGAAACGAGAUGCACCCGAAGUCGAGAAAAGCUUCAAUCGAUCGAAGCUAUAG